CUUACACUUCAGUCGAAAACUUCAUAUCAAUGUGUACAUGAGUAUUUCAGGAAUAAUGCAGCUCCGUCAGAAUUUUUUCAUCAUUCUUUUGUUCUUUGGGAUGGUAUUGAGUGGGCUCAUUUUCCUGAAUAAUAACCAGAAAAGCUGCAAACAGCAGAAAAUAGAACAAAUCGUCAUCAAGACAAAAUGGAAGCAAAAGACCUUUGGAUUGCGCUCAUUGCCAGGCUUGUUGUACAACCAGCCAAGUGUGUUGGUAGGAAGUCGGACAGAUGUUGCUUCUGUAUCAUCAUGGUCAGCUCCAAUCAUUUGGGAGGGAACCUUUAACCCCAUACUGAUCGACUCUAUCUACAAACAACACAAUCUCACCAUAGCAACCACAGUCUUCGCUUUGGGAAAAUACACACGUUUUGUUAAAGAUUUUCUGGAGUCAGCAGAACAGCAUUACUUUGUUGGAUUUCGAGUGCAUUACUACUUGUUUACAGAUCAACCAGAAUCGAUUCCUGAGGUGAAGAUGGGUGAAAACCGUAAUUUGACAGUUCUAAAGGUUCAGAGUUUGAACAGAUGGCAGGACAUCAGUAUGAGCAGGAUGGGAAAACUGGAAAAACUAAUAGAGAAUGAACUGGCCAACGAGGCUGACUACAUUUUCUGCCUUGACAUAGAUACAAAGUUCUAUGGCCGUUGGGGUGUGGAGUCUUUGGGUCGUCUGGUAGGUGUGAUACAUCCUUGGUUGUUUGACGCUCCAAGGGAUCGAUUCACAUAUGAGCGUAGACCAGAGUCUCAAGCAUACAUUCCAGCUGGAGAAGGUGAUUAUUAUUAUGCUGGUGCUGCAUUUGGUGGUUCAUUGGAAGAUGUACAUCAACUCACCAAAACCUGCAGGGAGAAGCUGCACAUUGAUGCUGCAAACUCCAUUGAGGCAGUAUGGCAAGAGGAGUCUCACUUGAACAAGUAUUUCCUUUUGAACAAACCUAGUAAACUGCUCUCUCCUGAAUAUAUGUGGAGGGACAUCAAUGAAAAAUUAGCCCAAAUAAAAGUAAUUCGCUUCUCUAAUGUAGCUAAAAACUAUGCUGAAGUUCGUCCAAAUCCAUAGCAACCAGUAUUCAGCU